GGUAUAUAUCCUCACGAUGGGCCAUGUUCUCAUCUCGAAAUUUCACAUAACCCCGGGCUUCCUCCAGCUGGGACUCUCUUCGCUCUCGCGCUCGGUCGCUCAAACCAAUCCAUCACCCCUGAAUUUACACAGUGGCUGCGCACCAUAAACCAUGCCGCCCGUCCGCAACCCGAUCCUCCCCGGCUUCAAUGCCGACCCGUCCAUACUCCGCGUCGGAGAUGACUACUACAUCGCGACGUCCACUUUCGAGUGGUUCCCCGGCGUGCAGAUUCACCAUUCGACGGAUCUGGCUAACUGGGAUCUCGUCUGUCGGCCGCUGACGCGCAAGGCCCAACUUGAUAUGCGGGGGAACCCGGAUUCUUGCGGGAUCUGGGCGCCGUGUUUGACGCACGAUGGCGAAGAUUUCUGGCUCGUCUACACAGACGUCAAGCGCAAGGACGGCAGCUUCAAGGACACACACAAUUACAUAGUCCACAGCAAGAACAUCACUGGGCCCUGGAGCGACCCAGUCCACGCAAACAGCAGCGGCUUCGACCCAUCCCUGUUCCACGACCCCAACACGGGGAAGAAAUGGUUCGUCAACAUGCUCUGGGACCACCGUCGCCGCGGCGGACUGUUGGGAAAUUCGGCCUUUGCCGGCAUCAUCCUCCAGGAGUUCGACCCGGCACAGGGAAAGCUCGUCGGCCCCAAGAAGAAUGUCUACCCAGGCACGGAGCUCGCCCUUGUCGAGGGGCCGCACAUGUACUAUCGCGAGGGAUGGUACUACCUUCUCACUGCCGAGGGCGGUACGGGGUAUGAGCAUGCGGUCACGCUCGCGCGGUCGAGGGAUAUCUGGGGGCCAUACGAGGAUCAUCCGCAGAAACACAUCCUUACUAGCAAGGACCACCCUCACGCCGCGAUCCAGCGCGCCGGUCACGGAGAUAUCGUCGAGACCAAGGACGGGCGGACGUACCUUGUCCACCUAUGUGGACGGCCUACCACGCAGAAGAGGAGGUGUGUCCUCGGCAGGGAGACGUCGAUCCAGGAGUGUACGUGGGGCAAUGACGGGUGGCUCUAUGUUAAGAAUGGGCCUGUGCCGAGUCUCUUUGUCGAUGUCCCGGGGACGAUGGAUGAAGAGAAGUACUGGGCCGAGUGUCGCUACAAUUUUGAUGGAGAGCUACACAAGGACUUCCAGUGGCUUAGGACGCCUGAGCCGGAACGGAUCUUCAAGGUCGGCGGUGGCAAGCUCACGCUUUACGGACGGGAGGCUACCGGCAGCUGGUUCGAGCAGGCCCUCGUCGCGAGGCGCCAGACGCAUUUCAGCUACGAUGCCGAGACGGCGGUUGAUUUCCACCCGGAGGAUGAGAGGCAGUUCGCCGGGUUGACGGCGUACUACUGCCGGUAUAACUUCUUCUACCUCACAGUCUCGGCCGACCCGGACGGCGAGAGGGAGCUGCUUCUCCAGGUCUCUGAUGUUUCGUGGCCUGAUGGGAACCUGGACAAGCAGCCCCUGCUCGAGCCGGUCAAGAUCCCCAAGGAGGGCAGGGUCAAGCUGAAGCUGACGAUCCGCGGGCCGAGACUGCAGUUCUUCUACGCUGUUGGCGAUGAGGAGCUCAAGGAGAUUGGGCCUGUCUUGGAUGCCUCGAUCCUGUCCGACGAAUGUGGGGGGCACCAGGUCCACGGCUCCUUCACUGGCGCGUUUGUUGGCGUGGCUUGUUCAGAUCUGAACGGUACCGCCAAGGAGGCGACAUUCGAUCACUUCGUGUAUCGACCCGUAAAGCACGAGUCUGAUCGCUACGAGAUCUGA